AUGUCCGCCGAUAAACAAAACAAAGCAGCAGUCACAAAUCAAACGGUUCCAGUUAUAAACGAUUUCGAUGAAAGGCAUCGAAAGCAAGGAAUCGAUGCAGCAAGAGUACUUGCUUCUCAGUACAGGAGUAGAAUCACGGAGAACAAGGAAGCAAACCAGAGACAGGCAGCACGAGAGCUCAGCAGAUAUGUACGGAGUGAGCUUAAAGACGAACCUAACACCUUCAGUGAAGCAUUUCUGAACGCCAUUGACGGCCGGACAGACGGUGCAUCUCAGAGUGCUGUAUAUAACUGUGUAAAAUCCGGCAAUGUUGAUCAGAAGAAAGCAGGAAUCUAUCUUAUUGUGUGUCUUGCUGAAACACAUGCUGGAAAUGUGAUUCGAUAUGCCAACUAUUUGCUGAAGAUGUUGAAUAGUGGAGGAAUGGAUGAAGAAGCAGUGAAACUAGCAUCUAAGGCAUUGGCUUUCUUGAUUGCGACAUGCAAAUCCUACGCAGCAGAGUUAGUUGAUCGGUGUCUAGAUCAUUGUCAAGAAUGGCUUCUGACCACACCAAAUGUUCCUCAGACUCCAAAAGCACAUAAUACGCUUGAGUUAGAUGAGACACGACGUCUUGCUGCUGCUCAUCUGUCCCGAGAACUCGCAUUGGCUACUCCAACUGCGUUCUUUCUUCGUGUCAAUCUUUUUUUCAAAUACAUUUUCAACGCAGUCAGAGACAAAAAGCCAUCUGUUCGGAUUGCAGCGAUUGAUGCAUUACAUGUUGUCUUAACAAUUGUAUCACAAAGAGAGGCUAAGAACAAGACAGAAUGGUUCAAAGAAUGUUUUCGUGAAGCUCUCACUUAUCAAUCGAACCAAUCAUCUGCCGAUGCUAACGAUCGAUGGCAUUCCACUGCUCUAAUUCUCAACGAGCUACUUCGAAUUUCGGAUUCGAGAUUCGAAUUGAUUCGAUGUGAAUCUUCUCAAUUCAUCAAAAUGAAGUUUCUUAAGGAAGAUGAAGAGGAUGGAGUCGAGUGGCUUGUUCUGUCGAAACAGCCAGUCAUUGUGGAGAGUGUCACAUCUCGUAAAUUAGUUGUGGAGAACUUCUCAAAGAUCCUUGAAUGUGUUCGACAAAUGAUUCCUAUCGUCAACAGAAGCCAGAAGAACUCAGCAUAUCUCAACACUGUCCUCAUGCAGCUUCUUCCAAGAAUUUGCGCAUUCCCACAGUGUGAUCGAGCCUUUCAAACUGUCGCAUUUGACACAUCAUACAAUGUUCUUCAAAAGAAUGCCAUUGCUGCUCCAGCUCUCGGAAUGAUGAUGUUGUCGAAUCCAGAUGUACAUUCAUCACAAAUCGAAAAAACCAUCAACUUCAUUUCGGGAGUAAUCAAAAAGACAACAAACUCGGAUUUCCUAGACAGUUACUUUACGUUCCUAUUCCUCUUCGUCGAUGCGUAUCACGAAAAAGUGACCGUUCAGAUUAAAACAAUAAUCCCACAACUGAUGGAUAUCACACUCUCUCGAUCAUUGGCCAACGUUCUCAAAAUGAUUAUGAUGAGGAUUCCGAAACUCCGAUUGAACGUCCAAGACGGUGUGAUGGCAUCAGUCUACCUGACACUCACAGGAUGCAUCAUUCCACCGAAAUCAGAGCCAACUGGACGCCCUCCCUGUCCUAAAGCAAUUCUUCAGAAAGCGGAAAAUGAUCCGAAGGAAUUGCAACGUAUCGUUCUUGCUGUCGAUGUACUCGGAGAGUUCUAUUUCUCAAGAGGAGCGUUACAGAGAAUCAUGCAAUAUGUUGCUGAUUAUUAUCUGACAGCGGAUAAUGUGGAAAUUCGUCUUGCCGCAGUAUCAUCAUGUUGUGAAAUGGUGGUUCCGUUUGUUGGAGUUUACAAAAAAGUAACGACCGACAAGAGGAACAGUCUACUUCAAACGAUCUAUGGAGUUCUUCGUGCUGUAUGUUCAGUUAUUGUUAACGAUCCAGACGUUCGUGUUAGAAUGCAAGUAAUCAGCUGUUUCGGUCAAAUGCCACGCCCAUUUCUUGCUCAUUUGGCUCAACCAGAAAUGCUCGAAGUUCAGUUCAUGGCACUUCACGAUGAGAAGCUUGAAAUGCAACAAGCAUGUGUAACACUUCUUGGUCGCCUCGCAGAACUCAAUCCAGCUCUAGUUCUUCCCCGUCUUCGAUUGAUGCUUUUAGAGACAUUGAGUCAGAUGAUGCAAAGUGGCCAAGCUCGAUUGGAACAACAUUCAGCCAAAAUGAUUGCACAGUUGGCUAAACAAAGUCCAAAGUUUAUGAGACCUUACGUUGGAUCAUUAAUGAUUGCCAUGAUUCCCAAAAUGAGAAAUGAUCAAAAGUAUGCUGAAGUGACAGCUCAAGUUCUCAAUGCCAUCAGUGAGAUUUCUGUUAUUGGUGGAGCUGAAAUUGUGAAGAAUUUGAAACCUUUGUUCGAGAAACUGACACAUAUGAUCAACGAUUCGAGUAGUCUUCACAAAAGAGAGGCCGCUCUUCGUGCAAUUGGUGGAAUAUGUCGAUCCACAGCUUAUGUCGUUGACCCUUAUCGCGACUAUCCAACCCUUUUAGACGAUCUCCUUCGAAUUUUGAAAACAGUGAUGUCGAAUACAAUGCGUCGGGAAGCUAUCAAAACGCUUGGAAUCCUUGGAGCGAUUGAUCCAUAUACUCAUAAAGUGUUCACUGGUUCAGUGCAAAGUUCGACUGCAAGGACUACCGCUUUGUCUCUUCCAAUUACUGAAACGGAUUCGAAAGAUCCACGACAAGACAUCAUUCAUUGGUUCAACUAUGAGAAAUGUACAUUAGAAGAGUUUUAUCCAGCAAUCACGAUUGCCAAUUUGAUGUUGAUGAUGCAAGAUGAAGAUUCUCAAAGUUAUGCGGAAAUCGCCCAAGCAAUUGUCACCAUCUUCCGAAGUUUGGGUGAUAUGGCUCCGUUAUAUACAGAACAAGUCGUUCCAAGACUCAUAGAAGUUUGUCGUCGAGCAACAGAAUCAUCGAAUCGUGCCAAUUUAAGAGAGUUCUUCCUUCAACAAUUGGCAAUUUUUGUGGCUAUAAUUAAGAAACAUGCAGCGCCAUACAUGCCAGCAAUUUUCACAAUUAUUGCGGAUGCCUGGAAGGAAGAUAUAUCAGUGAAGAUGGUUGUUAUUCAAGUGCUCACAGAAAUGGGAACAGCUAUUGGAAAUGAUUUUAGCAAGUAUACUGGAGAGCUGAUACCAUAUCUUCUGACUGUUCUUCAAACAGAUAAAACGAAAGAACGAGUUUUAACUGUGAAAGUGAUGGAAUCAAUCCGACCUCUUACGUACUGCAUUGUUCAACAUCUCCAUCUUGUUCUUCCGCCACUUCUAAUCAUUCUUGAUGAUGUUUCUCUGAAAUUAUCUAUCCGACAAACUGCACUUGAUACAGUACUCCAUAUGACACAACAAGUUGAUGUAUCUGCUUAUGCUCCACGGAUGAUGCAAAGUUGGCAUCACAAUAUCUCAACUGCUGAAAUGAGAGAUAAAUUGAUCCUUCUGCUUAUUGAAAUCAUUAAACAACUUGGAAAAUUCUUCGAUAUUUUCAAGCGAGGCGUUGAUCAAAAGUUACGAGAUUUUAAUCUGGACAAAAGUGUUCACUACGAACAAUAUAGAAAACUGGCUCAACGAGCACAGAUGUCUCGCGAUGUCAUAACAUCAUCUGUUUUUGCUGGUUCGAAUGGAAAUCUCCAAUCAGCACAGGCUGCGAUACGUGGACAAGCCAGUAAUGUUUAUCUGAAUAAUGAUUUACAUGAGAGACUGAUGAAUGGAUCAAUUGAUUCGGGAGCUAGUCGACAGGAUAACAGAGAUGAUUACUACCGAUAUGGACUAGAAGAGAAAAAAGAGGUUCCAAAAGUAGCUCCAACAACUGCUCGACCAACAAGUGAACUCGUAACUGUCCAGAUUUCGAAGCAACGACUGAAUAAAGAUCUUCUGAUUUCCCAGUGGAGAAAUGAGCAUUUGACAUCAAAGGACGAAUGGUUGCAGUGGCUGAUGAAGAUUCGGAUAGGAUUUCUGAAGAGUGGAAGUUCUCCAUCUCUCCGUGCUGCUUCUUCUCUUGGGGAUCAACAUCCACAUUUAGCUCGUGACUUGUUCCCUGCUGCAUUCAUGUCCGUCUGGACAGAACUUGAUUCAGAAGUACAAAAAGAUCUUACUUCUUGUCUGCUGCGCGCUAUCAGUACAGGAAUUCCCGAACUAAUUCAGACUAUUUUGAAUCUUGCUGAGUUCAUGGAUCACUCUGAAAAAGGACCACUUCCAAUCACUCACGACGUUCUCGGAAUGUGGGCGGAGCAAACCAAAGCUUUCGCAAAGGCAUGUAGAUACAAAGAGAUGAGUGUGCUCAAAAAUUCGGAGCCAGCAAUGACUACAUUCGGAAGGAAAAUCAAACUGCAGCCAAACGAUUGUCAGAGUCUUAUCACAUAUGCAAAUAAGUUAAACGUGCAAGAAGAAGCGGCUGGUGUUGUUCGGUAUGCUGAGAGAAAUGAAAUGAAUUUCCAAAUGAGAGGUCGUUGGUACGAGAAGCUGAACGAGUGGGAAAAGGCUCUUGAUGCUUAUGAACUCGAAGAGAAACAAAAACAUUCUACUGCGAACCUCCAGAAUUUCCAUAAAGACGAAGAGUUAACACCAGAGAAAGCUGCAGCUGCCGAAGAGGCGAGAAUGCACGAAAUGAGAUGUUUAGAAGCAUUGGCACGAUGGGAUGAAUUAAAUCAUAAGUCGGAAGUUUGGGCAGAUCAAAGAACGAAACGAAACGAUUCGAUAAGGGAUGAAAUCAAUAAGAAGCAGUUGGAUCAUAAAAUGGCGGUUAUUGCUGCACGAGGAGCUUGGGCCGUUGACAACUGGGAGCGUAUGGCAGAUUAUGUAUCGGUGAUAUCUGAAAACACACAAGAUGGCGCCAUGCUAAGAGCAGUUGUUGCUGUGCACAAUGACGAAAAUAUGAAAGCAAUGGGAUUGAUUGAAAAAGUUCGUGAGAUGAUCGACAGUGAACUGACAGCAAUGGCGAAUGAAAGCUACGAGAGAGCUUAUAUUCCAAUGGUAUCUGUGCAGCAAAUGGCAGAACUGGAGGAAGCUAUCGAGUAUAAGACACGCCCAGAACGUCGUCCGAGAAUCGCACUUCUCUGGAGUCGACGUCUUCAAGGAUGUCGCCAAAACGUCGAACAAUGGCAGCGACUUAUUAUGCUUCGUGGUCUCGUUCUUUCUCCACAGGAGAUGCAUCCGCUUCGUGUUAAAUUCUCAUCAAUGUGCCGUAAACAAGGAAAACAUUCAAUGUCAAGAGCAGUACUUCGUGAUCUUCUCUCGCUACCGGCUGAUACUGAUUUGAUGUGUGCCAAGGCUCCAUAUGACAAGCCUCUUCUUGUUUUGGCUCUUGCAAAGCAACUUUAUAACGAUGAGCAGAAGGAUGCAGCUAUUCGCGCACUUGAAGAAUUGGCAAACCACUGGAACAAACGAGUCAAUCCAAUUCCACUCCCAACUGGUAAGGAAAUGGUACCUCCUUCGACGAAAGAACCGGCUAGAAUUUGCGCAAAAGUUUUGUUAAAACUUGGUGAAUGGACUGAGUUGAAGGCAAAGAAUUUGAGUGUAACGCCUACUGGAGAAUUGUCAUUCGUUCGUCAACAAGUUUCACCACAAUACAGAACAAAAGAUCAUCGAACACCUGAAACUAUUGCAUUUGAUAAUACCAUCAACUAUUACAAGCAAGCUGCGAGAUACGAUCCGGAUUGGCAUAAAGUCUGGCAUAAACUUGCAUCCACUCAUUUCUAUGCCGUCUGUAGAGAACGACAACAAACGAGAAUCGUCCAACAACGCGAUAACACGCCGAGUGCAAAGAGAUCUCAAAAGAGAGAUCCAAUUAUCAAAGCAGCUUCACCUCCACCGCCUCCUCCUCUACCGUCUCAAAAGUCACCACAACCUGCAGCAUUCCAUUCAACAAAUGGAGAAACUCUUUCUGAUUGUCCUGUUCCUCCACCACUUGGAUCACUUAUCGGUCUUGGACCAAUGCCUUCUCACCUUCUCUCAUCUGCAUCACCAUCUCAAUCACAACAAUUCCAUCACGCAUCUCCUUUGACUUUCUCACCUGGAAACUCCGCUUAUUUGGAACAUGCAGCGGAUGCUAUCAAGUGCUUCGCUAAAGCUCUCACGUCUUCUCCUGGUUCACGUCUUGAAGACACACUUCGAAUGAUGCAGUUGUGGUUUGAAUUCGGAGAGAACGAUGGUGUUUACACGGCACUUAAUGACUCUGUCUUUGAUCUUCCUAUUACCACUUGGCUCGAAGCCGUUCCCCAAUUAAUGGCUCGUCUCGAUUCUUCACAAGAAAAUCGAAGUGUUUCGUUGGUGCUUCGUGUACUUACCGAAAUUUCAAAACACCACCCACACGCUAUCAUCUAUGCGUUGACGGUUGCAUCAAGAAGUUCCGAUGAGCAUCGUAGUAAGAAUGCACACUUCGUAUUGAUUAAAAUGAUGGAAUAUCAUUCGAAAUUAGUUCAUGAGGCAAGAUUAGUCACCGAAGAACUUGUAAGAUGUGCUAUUCUAUGGCAUGAGCAAUGGCACGAUGCCCUCGAUGAUGCGAGUCGUGUAUACUUCCACGACAACAACGUAGCAGCAAUGUUCGACGCUUUGAGAAAUAUGAAUGAAAUGAUGCAAAAAGGAGCACCAACGACGAUGAAAGAGCACAGUUUCCAACAGACAUACAGUACAGAUCUCAAGGAAGCCGGACAAUAUGUGCAAGCAUUCGAGAGCAGUGGGAAUGUGAAGGAUCUCAAUCAAGCAUGGGAAAUCUAUUGCUCGGUGUUCAAAAAGCUCCGUGAUCAACUUGCCACUUUGAACUCGUUAGAUUUAGUUUAUGUCUCUCCCAAUUUGGUCAGUGCGAAAGAUCUCGAACUUGUAGUUCCUGGAACAUAUGAUCCAUUUGCGCCGAUUGUUUCAAUUCAGAGUUUCAGCUCGAAGAUGAGUGUUAUUACAAGUAAACAACGUCCACGUAAGAUGGUGAUCCGUGGUUCCAAUGGACUCGACUAUCAGUUCUUACUCAAAGGACAUGAGGAUCCACGUCAAGAUGAGCGAGUAAUGCAAUUGUUUGGUUUGGUUAACACACUUCUCGCUAAUAAUGGGGAAACUUGCCGAAGAAAUUUGACUAUUCAGCGUUAUUCGAUUGUUGCCUUGAGUAAAGAUUCUGGAUUGAUUGGUUGGGUUCCGAAUUGUGACACACUUCACACUCUUGUCAAAGAAUAUCGUGAGAAGAAAGCGAAGAUUCCACUUUCCAUAGAGCAUAAAACGCUUCAAAAACUGUCUGCUGAUACAGAACAUUUAACAGCAAUGCAGAAGCUUCAAUUAUUCGAAAAUGCUUUAAGUGUGACAACAGGAGAAGAUCUUCGACAAGUCUUAUGGUUGAAGAGUCCAAGUUCUGAAGUUUGGUUUGAUAGAAGAACCAAUUACACGAGAUCCGUGGCUUGUAUGUCGAUGGUUGGAUAUAUUUUGGGUCUUGGAGAUAGACAUCCUUCCAACCUUAUGCUCGAUCGUUUAACCGGAAAAAUUGUGCACAUCGAUUUCGGAGACUGUUUCGAAGUGGCAAUGCUCCGUGAGAAGUUCCCAGAAAGAGUGCCGUUCCGUUUGACCAGAAUGCUCAUUAAUGCAAUGGAAGUUACUGGACUCGAUGGAGUUUACAACUACACAGCUGAAAGAGUUCUCAAGAUGUUACGAACAAAUCAAGAAUCACUCUUAGCUGUUUUGGAAGCAUUUGUAUAUGAUCCAGUUAUCAAUUGGCGUCUUGUUGAAGGAAUGAAGAAAGAUCCGAAGACGAAGAAAGAAACGACAGUACGAGGAGGCACGAUUCUACCGUCUACAAGCACAACUGAUUCGAUCAUGGACACGAUUAAAAGAAAGCUAGAAGGAACCGAAUUCAGCCAUAUCGAUGGAUCAAAUCCAAAUGAAGCUGUUUCAGUUAGCGAACAAGUCGCAUUGCUCACGGAACAAGCAACUUCCUCUAUUAAUUUGUGUCAAAGUUAUAUUGGAUGGUGUCCAUUUUGGUAG